AGUUCCUUGUUCUUCCGGUGACGCUUGAACGAGCUAGACGCAUCACCUACCAUACCCUGCCGAUAAAAAUAAAUCUUCCGACAUCCGCGAAUUGGAUAUCGUUUAAGUUAAAUAAUUGGCAUAUUAUAUCUCAGAAUUCAAAUUGUCAUGACCAGCUCCACAAUGGGAAUCACCAAAGACGAGAUGACGAGAGCUCUGCGCGCAAGCAGAGUUGAGGUGCCGCCGUCAGCCACAGUCGUGCAAAUUCGCCGACUGCACGCUUCCUUGGGCACCGCCGCACGAGACAGCGAAGAAUCAGCGCUGUCGUCGCCUGCCGCCAAACCUGGUGGAACUUCAUCGGCUGGGACGCAAGCCUCACGUUCUGCGUCUAAGACGGCCACGCCCGCUGCUGCCGUUGACACCGUUGCUGUGUCUGCUACUGCCGUGCCCACCGCUUCAGCGCCUGCCGCUGCAGUACCCGCUACUGCUGUAUCCGUCUCUUCCUGGCCAGCCGCUGCAGUACCUGCUGCUACUGUGCCCGCAACAGCUGUACCCGCCGCUCCCAGGGCUGCCGUUGCAGUACCCGCCGUGCCCACUGCUGUGCCCGCCACUGCCGCACCCACUGCUGUGCCUGCCGCUGCAGUACCUGCUGCCGCCGCACCCCUUGCUGUGCCUGCCGCUGCAGUAUCUGCUGCCGCCGUACCCGCUGCCGUGCAUGCCGCUGCAGCCGUGCCCACCACCGCUGCCGCCGUGAUUACUGAUGUGCCUGUGGCUGCAGUAUCCGGUGCUGCUGUGCCCGUUGCAUACACUGCUGUACCCGUUGCCGCCGUACCCGCUGCUGCUGUGCCCACUGCUACUGCCGUGCCCACUGCUGUGCCCGCCGCUGCAUUACCCACCACUGGUGUGCCCAUCGCUGCCGUCGACGUCACUGCUGUAUCUGCUUCUGUCGUGCCCACUUCUGACCCCGCUACUGCUGUACCCGCGGCUUUCAUUUCCGCCACUCCCGGGCCUGCCAUUGCAGGACCCGCUGCUGUCGUGCCCGCCGCUGCCGUACCCUCCGCUUCCAGACCUGCCUCUGCAGUACCCGCUGUUGCUAAGCCCGCCGGUGCAUUGCCCACUGCUGAAGUACCUGCUGCUGCCGCUGUACCCACCGAUACGCUCUUUUUGAAAAUCCUCUUCUUGACUAUGUUCCUCUUGAUAUUCCGCAUUGACUGCGCUUAGCUCUGAGAAUUCUUAAAAUUCAUGAUCGUUGGCAAAAAUAUUUGUGAAUAUGACGUCACGACUUCUUAGUACCAUUUUGGCUUCGGGAUCAUAUAGUCUGUAGGCUUUGGCAUCAUUACAGUAACCUAUAAAUAUACAAAGUUUAGAUCUUGAA